AGGCGCCGUCCGGAUCUGCGCUCCGCUAGUGUCAUGUGACGGAGAAGUGCUCAGGUCCCUUUCGAGAGAAGGACGCGGUAAGCUGUGGAGUCCUGGGCUGAGCGGACGGCGGGCGGGAUGGAGGCAACCCUAGAGCAGCACUUGGAGGACACAAUGAAGAACCCAUCCAUUGUUGGAGUCCUUUGCACAGAUUCACAGGGACUUAAUCUGGGCUGCCGCGGGACCCUGUCCGACGAGCAUGCUGGGGUGAUAUCUGUCCUGGCUCAGCAAGCAGCUAAGCUAACCUCAGACCCCACUGAUAUUCCUGUGGUGUGUCUAGAAUCAGAUAAUGGGAACAUCAUGAUCCAGAAACAUGAUGGUAUCACAGUGGCAGUGCACAAAAUGGCCUCAUGACAUUUCCUCUCAGUUUUCUCCAGCAGCCCUUCACAGGGACUCAAGCCUACCUAUGUAAUUAUCUUAUAGUAUUAUUAAAGUUGCAGUAGGUCAGCCAUU